AUGGGUAAAGGUUAUAAGUCCUGUUCCAAAAUAUUUUCAGAAAUUCACCUGAGCCUAGACUACAAGGACUAUGUGUACAAGUUACAAGUCCUGCAACAAUAUGUUUUGAGAUGUGAUUCCCUGCCUGAAAAAUCAAAUAUCACAGAAAUUCAACUGAGCCUAGACUACAAGAACUCUGUGUACAAGUUAUCAGUCCUGCAACAAUAUGUUUUCAGAUGUGAUUCAAUGCCUGAGCAAUCAUAUAUCACAGAAAUUCAAAUGCGCUUAGACUACAAAGACUAUGGGUACAAUUUAAAUUCAACUGCGCCUAGACUACAAGCACUAUGUGUACAGGUUAUAAGUCCUGCCAAAAUAUGUUUUGAGGUUAAACCCGUUGUUUGUAUUGUUGUCGUGGUUGCUUGCUGUGCCGUGGUUAUAAUUCUGUUGACAACACUUUUAGUUGUAUUACUACCUGAAAAUAAUGAUGAAAAAGCAACUUAUGCAAAGACUCCAAGAACACGGCCAUUACCAACAACUACGGUUACAUUGGGUCCCACUGAGCCUUCUAAGGAACCGACAGUAAAGAUGAGUGAGUCUCCUUCGUUAACAUCAAUGAAAACUACUCGCGUUCCUCAUAUAGAUACCACAGAAGUGGAGGAUGUAUAUACCACAAGAGUAACUACUACAAAGACAUUAGGUCCCACUGAGUCCUCUAUGGAACAGACAGCAAUGAUGAGCGAGUACCCUUUGUUGACAACAAUGCAAAUUACUACUACAGAAGAGGCGAAUAUAUAUACAACAAAAUACACAAGCUCCUUGUGCGUAACAAUGUUGGAUGAUGGAGAGUGUGUGGCCACAAUAGGAGAAUGUGAAUCUCCCAAAAGUAUAUAUCUACUAUCUGGAUGGAACACUCUCUGCUCUGGUGUCACCAAUAAGCCGUAUUGUUGUUACACUACUGGCGCAACUGUUCCAACAUUUGCUCCGACAGGGAUGGAAAGCACUAUUGAAGGAAUCACUGAGGUGUCGGAAAAGCCAACGGUAAGAAUGACAGAGGAAACCAAGCUCACAACAGCAGGCGUGACUGGCAUUCCUUAUACGGCGAGCAUAACUGCAACAGGGGAACAAAAUACCAGAUUUACAACGACCAAUGGAUUAACAUCUGCACACAUUAUAACAACGAGUGAAUAUGCCAUGGAAGUAUCCCCAGAGCCAGAUGCAACCACAGCCGAAAUUAGUGUGACCACAACAGAAAUGUCAACAACAGAAGAAGUAUAUUUGUCCUCCAAAGUUACAGAUGAGUUUGCAACAACCGAAGGAAUGACAACACUAGACGAAGGAUAUUGGUCGACCGGAGUAACAGAUAUGUACAUGACAACUGAAGGAUAUGGUGGGUAUGCUACCACUGAAGAGGAUGAGUUUGGUACUUUAUUUCCAAACCACAAGACAACAGAAGAGAAAGAGUAUGGUGCCAACACCGAGUACAUGACAACUGAGGGUUUUGGUGCAACCGAAUACAUGUUAACUGCAGAGUUUGGUGCUUCCACGGAAUUCAUAACAACUGCAGAAAUCCCAGAACCCACAACUGAGUUUGGAUAUACAACACUUGGCAAAGAUUACGAAUAUUAUAUAGUUGACAGUGAGAAUAAUUGGCUUUACCACAAACUGAACUGUGUAAACGCACCAGAUGGGUCAUUAGCUAUUAUAAACACUGAUGCUCAGCAAAAUGAAGUUGUCGACUUGAUAUUACAAUAUACCGACGGAUUAGAAAAUGUAGCGUUGAACAAAUCUGCAAACCAAAGUAGUGACAUUGAUCCUCUAGAAACUGAGGAUAUGGCAUCAAAAGGUGUCGAUGGUGACAUUGAUCAAUGUACAGAAACGUAUUCCGGGGAACUGGUUGAUGAUCACUGGUGGAGAGUGGACCUCGGGAGAAAUUAUGCUGUACUGAAUGUUACAGUUUAUAACAAUGUUUCCGCAGGUGGUGGUAAGUACUUGUGA